AGGCUCACAUUUGCAACUGUGGGGGUGAUUUUGGAGUGCAGCUGCCAAAAGCCACUGUGCUAAAGCGCGAAGAUGUGGUUCCCAACAGCCAAGAGUAUCGAAUGAUGAUGUACGGUGGGGCUCUCUACUGGCAUUUGGCCACCAACAUCUCCGAACGGCGCAAGGAGGCCGAUCCAGAGCUGCUGCGAGGCAAGGACGUCCUGGAGGUGGGCUGUAUGCGUGGGGGUGGCGCCCGGUAUCUCAUGGAGGCGGUUGAGCCAAGAAGACUCUUGGCCGUCGACAACGUGCAGGAACACAUUGAGAGCUGCAGGGCGAAUUUUGGCGAAUGGCCGGGCUUGGAAUAUGAGGUGAUGGACGCGCAUGAGUUGUCGACCUCGAUCCCGGCUGCAUCCUUUGACUUUGUGAUUUGUAUCGAGUCUUUUGCAUCCUUCGAACACCUGGAUGUCUUUGUGGCAGGGUGUGCGCACGCCUUGCGCCAGGGAGGGCGCUUGCUGUUGGCCGAUGCGAUAGAGAGAAGAACGAACACGAAGCUACUGGAUGCGCUGGAGGUGAUGGUUCAGCUAAGGUUUGUGUUAAAUACAUAUUCUAGCACUAUAUGAUGCUAUAUGCAUGUAUGUGUACUUAUGUAUAGUAGUAGUAGUAGUAGUAGUAGUAGUAGUAGUAGUAGUGGUAGUGGUAGUGGUAGUGGUAGUAGUAGUAGUAGUAGUAGUAGUAGUAGUAGUAGUAGUAUACACACAGAUGUGUAUAUAUAUAUAUAUUUAUACCAAUACACAUACACACGCAUGUAUAACACACAUCUGUUCAACAGUUCUUAUCGUAUGGAGCAUUGAAGCUACAAACAGCCAAGCUAAGAGUCACCCAAACCUCGAGGACCACGGGUUUGAGCUGGAGCUCUCCGUGGAUAUCAGCCGCCAUGUGCAUGCGGUUGGUCUUUGCACCAUCCCGAAGGGUCUCUCUUACACUCAUGUCGUGGCUCGAAAAGAAUAGGUCCACCGUAGACUCGUUACUGGCCGCGUGCCAUGACCUGCAGCCAGCACGAAGUAUCGUCAGAAAAUGGCAGAUCGAUC